UUGUACACUGAACCAGGCACAAUGCUAUUAUCAGCUGAGACGCACCGACAAUAGUGUUCAAUAGCGAAGGUCAGCAAAGCUCAAUCGGCAUCGUUGUCAUCGUCGCCCGUAUCAUCAUCCUCGCCUACAGCUAUGCCCAUAGCAGAGCUGCUGGGCGUUCAGUUCGACAUGCAGCUGCUGUUGAAGCUGAGUCUCUCCGUGGCCGCCGUGCUCCUGGUUUCUUGGGCCUACAGGUUUUACAGUGCCAGGGAUUCAAGGAGAUGUCAGCUCUGUGUCAAAGACAGCCGAGAGAGGCAGACCAGAGAGCCGCAAAAUGCAACCUGCCAGAACUGCAAGAUGACGCUGAAACACAGCUUAUCCAAACGUGGCACGGAUAAUGGGGAUGAGCAGCCUACAUCCUCGCAGAUAAACUCUGGCACUGAUGACCUGACACCUGACAGCACCAAUGAAAGGCCUGCUGAACCAUGCCUGCGCCGGGCUGAAAACACCGAAGAUGUAUCCAGCGCAGACCAAGGCAUCAGCAUGGAAAGGGAGAUAUUCUCUCAUCAAAAGCAGGUAGAGGUUACCACCAGUAAUAUUUCAUUUGGAUGUGCUUUGAACCUUCCUCGUCCUACAGCAAGUGGGAUGGCCAGUACAACGGGGCGUCAUUCCCCUUGCUUUUUGCAGCGGCUGGAGGGUUGUGUGGGUGUGGGCAGGGAGUUAAGGCAGGACCUGGAGCGCCAGGGGGCCUACUCCAGCUUCCUCUCCAAGGCUGAGAUCAAAGUGGAGGAUGCUAACGUGGUGCUGGAAGGAACAGGGGACCAGGUUGUGCGUGGAAAGAUAUAUGAUUACUAUGUGGAGUCAUCCUCUCACUCUAUUACAGACUCAAACACCAUGUUGGGUCAGUAUGAGAGAAAAUCUGACUCACAGGCAGUGGAGUUGGGAAGCCGUGGCAGCAGCCUCACAGAGCCUCCUUCGUCUCUGAGCCCCAUCAUUAUGCGUGAUCUGGUUUUACCACAAAGCGCUGUUGAGCAUCCCUCCUCACUAGUCAGCGCUGAGCCGAGGCACCCCACAAGGCCUGUACUCCUACGCAAGGAGAGCUAUCUGGCUGCAGCAGAGCAUUCGGAGCUCCCCAUCCCUUUUCUGACUUCAAGAAUUUCAGCACCAGCAAAUCAUUCACCGGCCUCAUCCUGUGAGGAGUCCAACUCUGCAAGCCCCACGAUCAGUCCCUCUGCAGACAGCAAAGGCUUUAACGUGGGGGUGGAGCCCAACCUGGAGACUGUAGCAGGGGCUCCAUUUUUACACCUGCCAGCAAAACACCUCGACAGCACAGAUUUGGACAGCCUAAAGGGUAAGCUUGAUUUGGGGAAUUGCAUGGAAGUGCUGGGCCUGGCUAAAAAACACAGCCAGACCUCCCUGCAGCAAGCAGCCCUCACAGUCAUGUCAGACAACUACCUACAGGUGCUCAGGGACCCCAGCCUUUAUGGGAGGCUAAUGGCAGGUGAACGGGAGCGAAUCCAAAAACAAAGAAUGAGAGGAAGGAGAUUUGUAGUGGUGGCUGAUAUGGACCCUCAGGACUGGGCGAGGAACACGGGAGGGCUGACAGCAGAAAUGGAGCAGAGGAAGGCAUCCAGCGCUCUGUACUAUUAUGAUGACUACAAAGACGCCUGGCACCCGCUCUGCCCAAUCCCACAGGAGGUCAUCUCCAAAGCCUGUGCCAUGUGCACAAUGGACAACUACUUAUUUGUCGCUGUGGGCUGCAAGGGCAUAGACAGAGAAAUGACACCCUCAAAGCGGGUGUUCUGCUACAAUCCUGUGACAUCCAUUUGGAAAGAGAUCAGUCCCAUGAAUGAGGCCAGGCCCCACUGCAAACUGGCAGCUCUGGAGGGCUACAUCUACGCCAUCGGAGGAGAGUGUCUGUCCACAGUGGAGCGCUACGACCCAAGAAUGGACAGAUGGACGUUUGUGGCUCCGCUGCCAAACGAUACAUUCGCCGUGGCCCAUCGAGUCACGGUCUGCAACGGGGAGCUGUUUGUUUCCGGGGGAACCCUUCGAUAUACCCUGCUCCGCUACAACCCCAAAACCGACACGUGGAGGCCAAGCGUGAUGGUCGGCGGCAAAGACAGAACCACAGACAUGGUGGCCGUGAGGAGCUUCCUCUAUCGGUUCGAUGUCAACCCGCUGCUGGGUGUCAGCGUUUACCGCUACCACACCGUGGCUCGGCUGUGGUACGAGUGCAGCAGCAGGCGUCUUCUCCACUGCCCCUCCUUCCAGUGUGCCACGCUGGGCGACGCCGUCUUCUGCAUCUGCCGGCAGUUCACCAUGAGGUUCACGGCUGAUGAGAUCUCUCCUGCUUUCAUCGCCGAGGAUUUGAGUGUCCUCUCUGCGGCGAAGGGCAUACUUUUCCCUUUUGUCCUUUCACUCCCUGAUAAGAAGCCUCUCCAGACCAGUGUAUAAUGAGAAAACACUUUUCCAGUGAUCAAAAGAUUAUGCGGUGACAGAGUAUCCCUACAGGAUCACACUUAACAUUAGGUUUCUUGUUGAUUGAGAGGGCUCUCGGUUGCAUGAUUUACAUAAUUUACUCGGUUUUAUGGUUUAUAGUCACUUAAGCUCAAUCCAACAUCAUGUUACUGCGAAACUGUGACCUCUGUGUUGAUAUGUGUUUUCCCCUCCACGUAGCCACCACUCUCUCUCAAACCGGGACAUUUUCUUGGAGAGAGUAUUCCACAAAGAAACAUGUAUUCCUUGUGUCUCAAUCCCUGGCAAUGAAUGUAAAAUAUGAGACUAUUAAUGGUAUUCAGACUACUGUUCGUUUAGAUUUACACUGGGACUGCUGCCAUGGAAAUUGUUUGUUUCUCUGAUUUGCCUCCUCUUCUCUGCCAUUAAGUUAGUUUUAAAUCAUACCAGAUGCUUACUUCUUGAGCGACUAAGAUAAUUCAUUAACACGUCUUAAAGCAAAUGGGUUCAUUCGGCUGCAACACAUUACAGAGAUUGGGCAAUACAGUGAUAAUUUAUCAUUGUGCAUCACGUUGUAGGGCACAGAUAUUACUUACACAGUGGACCGGGUGCAAUGCAAUUAUCUACAUUUGCUCUUUAGAUAUGACAGAAUGUAAAUGCUUAUGUCAUACAAUAUGAAUAUGUGAGCUUCUAUAAACAU